CGACUCAGAAUGAUGUGCUCAUUGCACAGUAAUCGCUACUCACCUACUCGUCGCUCACCAGCGGCCACUCGAGACAGCCCCACGCCAACUCCCAGGCCACAAGGUCCCCGCUGGCCUGGCUUGCACCUGCUUACUCGAGCAUACUACAACCCCGCUCACCGCUUGCGACUUGAGUCAACAUUGUGUUGCAGCACGGUAGUAGUCGGCAGUGUCAAUCAUUAAGUACCAAACAUCAAGCAUUGAGCAUGUA